UAUGGGUAAUGUAGUGCGGCGGCGGACACGUGGGUUGUUCCGGUGCUGCUCAUUCGAACGAAGUUUGAGGAAACAUGGCGGGUCUGGAGCUGCUGUCGGACCAGGGGUACCGUCUAGACGGGAGGAAAGCCACCGAGCUGCGGAAGGUUCAGGCCCGGAUGGGGGUGUUCGCUCAGGCCGACGGCUCCGCGUACCUGGAGCAGGGAAACACCAAAGCUCUGGCGGUGGUCUACGGUCCUCAUGAGGUACGAGGUUCACGCAGCCGGAUUCGUCAUGAUCGGGCUGUGAUCAACUGUCAGUACAGCAUGGCCACAUUCAGCACGGCGGAGAGGAAGAGGAGGCCGCACGGGGACCGCAAGUCCACUGAGAUGAGCCUCCACCUCAAGCAGACGUUUGAAGCUGCUGUGAUGACCCAGCUGUACCCACGCUCUCAAAUAGACAUCUAUGUGAAGAUUCUGCAGUCGGACGGCGGUAACUACAGCGUGUGUGUGAAUGCUGCCACUCUGGCGGUGAUUGACGCCGGCAUCCCAAUGCGGGACUACGUGUGUGCCUGCACCGUCGGGUUUGUGGAUGAGACGCCCCUCGCCGACCUUUGCUACGCAGAAGAAAGUGGAGGAGUGAGCUCGCUGGCCUUAGCGCUGCUGCCCCGGGGCGGUCAGAUCGCUCUGCUGCAGAUGGACGCCAGACUACACCAGGAUCACUUAGAGUCCCUGAUCGAAGCCGCCAUGACAGCCUGUAAAGGUGUGAGCAAGGUGCUGGACGAGGUGGUGCGACAACAUCUGCAAGAAGCUUCUGUGCUCUCUUGAGAGUGAUGCAUGGAGGAGGGGGUGAACAUCUGGACUGUGGUUUUGGUUGCAGACUGGAAAGUGUUAUUUGGACCGAAAAGGAGAGGAAAGAUGAGAGAAUCUUUGAGUGAAUGUUUUUUUUUUUUUGUAUUCAUGGCAUACCUUUGUACAGUAUAUGUGUGAAGCUUACAAUAAAUUUGUCA